AUGCGGUUAAGAAGUGUAAGGCUAAAUGGCUAUGUAACAUUCGAACCAGUUAGAAGGGUAUCGUCUAGCCAGUGUGAUGGUGAAGGCAUAUCUCGAACAAGCAGAAGAACGAUUACUGACAGAAGUGCAAAUAAUUUGAAUAAAACCGAAGAGAACAUACCGACGUAUAGAUCAAGAAGCAUAAGAAGAAGAGAAGAAACACAAGAAUCAAGCACUGUAAGGUCAAGAAGCAGAGGUAGGACACUAGAAAAAGAUAAUAUUUCACCUAACGUUGAAAUACAAGUGCAAUCUGGACAAAAUGACCCAUUUGAAUCCAGGAGAUCAAGUAUCCGAUCUCGAUCUAGAACAAUUGGGAAAGAAGCAACAACAGAGAGUAUCUUAAGUAGAGAGAGUAUUAUUCGAGGACGAUCCCGUGGAAGUGGAAGGAAAUUUACGCCUACUACUACUCCCCUUAAUGAUCAACCAGAAAGUUCAUCCAAUAAAGUUGCUGUAACGUUGUCACCUAGAAGUGUUGAAAUUAGGUCAGAUAUAACAAAGACAAAUGAAAUUCUUCCUACAGGAGCAACUGCACCAUCUAAUCAAUUCAGAAGAAGAAGUUCUACCGUAAGCACUGUGGACGAUUACAAACAAAUCAGACCUCGAGGACGAAUUAAUACAAGGACCAAUUCGAGAGCUCUUGAUUUAGAAGUAGCAGGUACUACAAAUACCUUCACUGCAUCAGCUAAAGAAACAAAAAUUACGAGAAUAAACGAUGGAAGAAAUUCAAGGAAAUUAAGGUACAAAACAAGAACAUUGGAAACAGAUACAAAUUUAACUGGAGUGGGUAUAACAACAGCUUUAAAUGAGGUAGAAAAAUCUAGUCAAAGGAAUGACACAACAAGUCCACCUGAAUUCAGCGAAAUAAAUUCUACAACUGUUAAAGCGACUGAGAACACAUUUCAACCAAGCACGGAAUCAGUAUUAACAUCGAGUACACUUAAACCCUCGAAAGUCGUAAGACGACCAAUCACAAGAAGUAACGGUUAUUUCAAAUCUUCUGAGGUUAAAAGUAAUUCGAAAAUGUCCGACGAGAUAAGCGAGGAUGAUAAUUACCCGGAGAGUUUUAAAGCUCUUAUACAAGCUAAAAAUGCGACACAAGCAAACUCUUCUUUAGGCGAGAGUUUGUCAGUGAAAGCAUCACACAAAGAUUCCAAAACUCACGCACUAUCUAUUCAAACCAACACUACGGAUCCUGGCACUGACAAAAACUCUCGGCUUCGUAAAAAGUUGCAAAAUGAAGAAAAAAGUAAGAAGGGUGACGAACAAGAAGCUCUAUCAUUAGGAUUAACGUCCACGACAACAACCUCUGAGGCACCGAAACCUAGGUCUAUUCCUUUUCGUCCACGUGGUACUUACUUAUCCAGAAGUAAAAAAUCAAAUGCAACUAAAUCUACAACUGAAAACAUAAAUUAUGCAACAAGACCUAGCCUUGAAAAUCCAUAUAAAUUUAGCAAAAGAAUUCAAUCUUCAACGGAACCAUCAAGAACAGACAUCACUUUGAAAACAAAGCGAUUGGAUUCGCUGCCAAAAAAGCAGGUCAUACGCUCCUCACUUUUUUCUCGUAAAAACGAUCCCCUAAACAAAAAUAUAACUGUAAUACCAUUGAAUGAAAAUCGUAAACAUGAUCGUGUACAAUCAGGAAAUAAUUUAAAAGCGAGAAGAACAUUACCAAGUACAACAUAUUAUUCCCGAUUAAGAAAUAACACAAAAUUGUAUUUGACAGAAACUAGCUAUAUAGAAAAAAACACUGAAACUCCGAUAGCAGAUAAAAAAGUUGGAAACUCUGCAGAUAUGCCUUUAAUUUUUACUUAUCUCAAUGGCCCAAGCUUGUCUGAUAAACUGCAGCCAACUAACGAAAAUACUGCACCCGUACUGAAAGGUAAAGAAUUGCAAGAAAAUAGUACAGAAAAUGAGAUUCUUAAUAAAGCUGAAGAAAGUGAAAAUAAAUUAAUUAUUAACACGGACGUAACGACACCAAAAUAUCACGCCAACUACAAAGAAAAUAUACAAAGUGAAAAAGCCAUCACUUCUGCAACACCAGAAAUAAGAAAUAUUAAAACCAGGAAAUACGCACGCAAACAAGAAAAAGCUAAAGUUCAAGGAACGAAUACUCCUUCCGUGAUUUUCAAAAGUAAAGACCGGAAUGUUCGAAAGUACGGAGACACCUUUUCCAAGACAACAGAAAGUCCUGCAAAUAGCAUAUCACAAGAACCUGAAAAACCAAAACAUAAGUUUAGUUCAAAAUAUAGAGGUUCUUAUUUAGAUAGGCCUUUUUACAAACCCACAGUUCCUACUGUAACACCAUCAACAACUGCAUGGGAGAAAUUCUUCGUGACUGACGAGUACACACAGUUCGUCGAAGAUCCAAUAUUGUUCGGGAAUGACUAUUAUAAUAACACAACGGAAAUAAUGUCAAGAAUGAACUUCACCUCACCAACAUAUACUCACGAAUCAUCCAUAGAGCUGGUAGAGGGUGAAGAAAUACAAUUAGGGCCUGAUAUGAAUGCUAUAGCCAUCACAAAAACCCAUCGGCCAUUGUAUUCAGCUGAUUUGAGGCUUUCCGAGAGCUUGGCGAAACCCUUACAAGUAUCAAACGUUGAAGUAUCCCAACAUUCACCAUCAGUAACAGUGUCUAUAUUCGAUGCUUUGGCUGAUAUACUCACGUCUACGCCCAAGCCUCGAAUUUCAACAACAGCUGCAAUAUUACCAAAAAAUAUCAACGAAAUCAAUACAAUGCAUUCACUUGAUGGCGUGAGUAGUAACGUUAAUGUAAAUACUGUCACAGGCUUUGCAAGUCAGGAAUCGGUAACAUCAAAGGAUAAUUUAAACACAAAUGCUAAGUUUGUACAAACCACUGAACCAGUUGUGUUUAACAGUUUGCUGGUUGGGGACAAUGUUACACCGUCACUAAAAGCAGAAGAUGAGAAAACAAGUUUUUUUACCUCACCCAAAACUGUUCCAAUUCCAAAUCCUACUACUCCUAUAUCUGCGAGAAAACCAUUCGCAAUAAAAGUUUUAUACUCCGAAACCGAAUCGACCAAUAAAAACUCUCCAACUGCUCUGCCCACUACUCGUUUGACGUCGACUGACAAAUCAACAACGGUAUAUAACAGUAUAUCAGAUCUUUUACAAUCUAAUAAUGGAGUUGUAUCUACUGGACUAACAAGCAUGUUAUCAAAUAAUAUUAGAAGUAUUAUCGAUAGUAUGGACGAUGAAAGUAAAUCUAGAUUAUCAGUAGGUAUGACUAAUUUGUUGAAUACUUUGACUCCAAGCGCUAUUAAUAAUAUCUCAAAAGUAGAAGAUGAUAGCACCCCUUACAUGACUACUCCUUACAGUUUGGAGGAUAUUAACGAUACUGCAAAUAUUGACAUAAAUUUAAAUGAAAGUUCAAAUAUUUAUAAUAAAAUCCUCCAAAAUGUUAGCCCCGCAGAAAUAAUUGUAAAUAGUACUGAAACGCUUCUAAAUUCACAAAAUGAAGUAGAUGUUGAAAGCACUACACCUGUAAAUAGCUCUGAGUCGUUAGAAAAUGUACAAAGUUUAGAAUCAGAAUCAGAUAGUGACCUAAGAUACGAAAAUAACGUUUUAAUCAAUACACUUAAAGAUACCGAGUCUACUACCGCAAGGGUAACGGUUGAUAAUAUAGAGAAUUUAGACGAAACCUCUACUAACAAGGAACCAGUUACCCCAUCCAUCCUAGAUCCUUUAAGAGAUAUUACCACAGAGAUAUCAAAUACCCAACUUCAAUCACCCUCUUUAACAAAACUGUUGUCUUUUAACCAAUUAGAUGAUAGUGAAGUAUUAGAAGAUCCAAGUCAAGUAUCACAACUCCAAUUAUGGGUAUUAACUAAAAAAGCCCGAGUUUUAAAAAUGAUUGAGGAUCUCCUACGUAUACAUUCUGACGAAAUUUCUAAUCCACCUCUUGGUAUUCUAAAUAAACCCAAAAUUUCAUUCUCUAAUCGGCUGACCGAAAUAAUAAAUACAAUGAACUUUACAACCACUGAACCUGACUUUACUGAACGAACCACUCUGAACUUUAUUGCAAGUACCUCUAGUUCCACAUCGACCGUACCUUUUACAUCGGCACCUUUGUCCCUUGAUAAUAAUCUCAACGGUGACGACUUAGUUCUUACAACCCAAAACAUAGAUGGUAUUGCUUUUCCAAAUGACGAAUCAUAUCCAAAAACUAUUAGCGAAAUUGCUGAUGCUUUUACUACUGCCAAUUCAGUACUUACCACUACAGUGUCUGAAGAUAUUGUAAAAACAUCUAUCGAUUCUAAGGAAAUAGAAAAUGAGAAGUUUGACCUUGCGUCUUCAAGUAGUUUUGAAACUACAACUGGAAUAGCAGAGCCCAGAAUUGUUGUUGAUACAACUAUUAUGGCCAACGUCGAAGACACAUCAACAUCAGGUAUUGAAACCUCCACAGCUACAGUAAUAAAUGAGAGCAAAUCAGCAGAUUUUAUAACAACCAGCAAUAUGCUAAACGUGGCCACUCGACCGUCAAUUCCAAAAAAAGAUUUUGUCAUUUUUGGAAUACUUCCUAACAAUACAGUGGUACGUAAAGACCCUAACGAUAACCCACUGGAAGCAUUAACAGAAGCAAGUCCAUACAUCAUUUACGGCGUACUACCAAAUAACACAAUAAUACGCAAGUUUCCGAACGGAACUCGAGUACCACAAAUCAUGCAAAAAAUUGACGUACUACCAAUUAGUCCAUGGAGUCUAAAAAAUCCAUACAGCCCUAUCCAUAAUAUUCCAGCCAUUGUCAGACCACAGUCUAACCCAAUCCGAGUUUCCACUAAUACUGUGAUAUCCACAGACAUACCAAAUAACGAAAAGGAAAUCAGUUUAACCACCGACACUGUAAAUAACCUGCAAGUAAUGAUACCUUCAUCGGCACUUAAUAUAAAAGAUAGCAGUUCAUUGGGUAUAACAACUACCUUCACACUGCCACCUGCUGAAAAAAGCACUGCCUCGCAUGUUUUAAGUUUGCGCACAACUACAAUGCUACCUUCUGUUGAUGAGAUUCUGCUUAAUAGUAUAUCUUUGGCGACUAAAGAGGAAAUGGUCAUAUCUUCAAUGACAAGUUCAACUCCUGAACCAAGAAUAUUAACACUGGAUAUUGAUCCGGAGACGAAACAAAUACGAACUGAAAAGCCCAAUGACGAAACUGGAAACACUGUUUUUAAAUUUAUCCCUAUUGAGGAUGUUACUGUGCCCUCUACACAAGAAACUAACGUAUUAAAACUGGCUACUCCUAAAACUACGCGAGUAACAACGGCUAUUAAUACUCAAACUGUGACAAUUUCUGGCACAACUGAAGUUAAUACACAAACUCCACAAAUACAAAUGAAUACAGAAAGUAAUACUGUUGCAACUUUCACAAUAGAGCCAUUUAUUACAACACCUUCUGUAACCAACUCGGAAAAAGUAAACGAAGAACCACCAACUCCUAUUUAUAUGAAUGAAUUAGAACUAACCACUGAAGCACAGAACUUUAAAAUAACAGAAUUAAACAACGAUCGUGCAACUUUUACACAAGAACAAACUACGGUUGCUACCACAACUUCUCUACCCGAAUUGCAAAUAAAUAAUGAUGGUGUUGAAUUUACUACAACUGCAGCAACUACUUACCGAGUACCAACAGCAACAUCUGUACCUAUUGGUAGCGCUACAAAUACCGUGUUUCAAACACAAACAAGUCCUCCACCACUUCUUAACGAUCGUAAUCCAAAAAAAAUAUCCGAGUUCAAUACAGCACAAAAUCAACAACAAGAGAAUGCUAAGUUAUUGCAAGCGCUUUUAAUGGCGACUAGUCAAAGUAAAAAUAGCAAUAAUAAUCUUAUUACAAAAACAAAAACAAUGACAACGACUGGUCGUUCUAUUGAGGAUGAUAUCCGGCAGUUUGAAGAAGAUACUAAAUUAUUAAAAGCUUUACUCCAAGCCACUGGUAGAGACCCUGCCUCUCUCAACCUACCUUCACUAGAUGACAUUAAAGCAGUUAUAACUACAUUAAAACCAAGCGUCCGAACUACUACAUUUCAAACAACAUCAAAUCUGCCACCAAGUACUGUACCAAUAACCCAGCCUACUACGACAGAAACAACAUCAUCAUCAAUAGUAAAUGACGAUGUUAAAAGACUCCAAGAAGAUACUAAACUAUUACAAGCAUUGCUUCAAGUUACUGGAAAAAAAAAUGGUGGUGAUAUGCCCAUAAUAUCUGGUUUGACAUCUAAUGUAAGAAUAGCUUCUAAUCCAUUAACAACAUCGAUGGAGUCAAAAUCAACUACAUCUUUCAACGUUAGACCAGUAUACACAACUACGGAAAUCACCCCAACUACCACUGUUAGGUCCCAAUUUAUUACUGUGUCCACUUUACAGCCAACCACAGAAGAUAUUGGAAUAUCUACAACAUUUCGACCUGUUGAUGUAAGAAUACAAUCUACUACAGCUAAUCGACCCACUGUGACCACUGAAAUUCCUAGUAGCUCCACAUAUUCAGAUGAAGAGGACCUUCUCUUUUUAAAAAAUUUGAAAUCUGUGCUUAGUACGAAAUCUAAAAAUGAGGACCCAGAAACAUCACUGGCCAAUCGUGUAAUAGCAUUAGCUGUUGAAAAAAGUUUAAAUGAAAUUCAAGUUGGCAAAAACGUUGGAACAACAAAGGUAAUGACACCUACAACACCAAGGCUAACAACUACAACGACACGUGCAACAACAACACCAAGACCAACAACGACAACAACAAAAACUACAACUACACGAGUGACAACAACACCUCGACAAAAUAUUCCAUCUAUUGAAGAUGACAUCAAACAAUUCGAAGAAGAUACAAAACUAUUACAAGCACUUUUAAAAGCAACUGGUCAAGAUCCUUCAAAAUUCAAUAUACCAACUUUACCUACAACAACUGUGAGUGCACAACUUCCACAAGGCGUAAACGAUGAUUUAAAGCUUUUAUCAAAUUUGCUUGCUUCACCAUCACCUCUGAAUGAACCCUUUGAUCCUCUAACACAGAAACCUGCACACACCCAAACUACCCAGAGAACUCCAUCAUCAACGGUACCUUAUGGCAUUCAAAUAGCUGUUAAAGACGAUUUGAAAAAUGAACAUGACGAUGCGAAACUAUUGCAAACAUUAAUAAAACUUCAAGAUGCUCAAGAGACGACCACCGUAAGAAGUAAACUGGCUAUCACAGGACAUUCGUCGGAUGAAGCGUUGAAAAAAUUAAUACAAAAAACGCAACCAGCAGGAAUGAUGUCAGAAUCGACAAAACCAUCUAUGUCACUAAGUACAGAGUAUGGGAAUAGCAAUGAUGCCUUGCUUGCGGCUCUACUGAAGGAGCAAGGUUUCGGUCCAACCACGGCAAGUUCUUUGGACGAACAAAUUCGCCUUGCUGCAUUACUCAAUCAAGUGGUCGUGACGCCGAAGGCUAGGCGGACGACAACUCCCCCUCCGCCCCCUGCGCCACGAAGGCCUAUAUUGGAUGGCUUGAGUUGGCUGUGGCAGCAGUGGAGAGAUACUGCUCCAGGAUCACAAGCUCCCAGGCAGUCCAGACCAGCGCCAACAAGAAAUCAACCAGCGCAAUCAGCGUCAGCAACUAGUUCUAGACUGAACUGGUUCGGCUCAGGGCCUUUCGUUGGUAAUGCAGAUGAAAGGCCCGCAAACAGAAUACCUUUGGAGCCUCCUAGUGCUGUGGAACAGCCUCCUGGCAGAGGUCAGUUAGUUUCCGCAGCCAUCAACGUUACCAGGGCAUUUUCACAGUUCUUAGGAGCGGCAAUUCAGGGCGCCGCCCAAACAAUGCAGAACGUGUUUAGAGCGGGACAAAACACUUACACGAAUGGAUCCGGAGGCUCGGGAUAA